GAGGCAUUGAUAGCUGUUACAGUCAAUUUGUUCACCUCGUGCUGGUGAUGUCGUUGGCGCUGGAUCUCUCUCAGAGGGUGGUGAGACAUCAUCAACUCAUCACUGGUGCACUCUUUAUUGCCGCCUUGAUCGUCUUGGCGAUCUUCCCCAGCUUCGACCGGAGGACAGAGAUUGAGGAGCACGGCCUGAUCGCAGGCUAUGCGGACAGCGGCUUCGGCAGUGAGUGGCAGGCCCAGAAGGAUCUUCAAACCGCCAUCGACACGUCCUUAAGAAAGGCGGGCUUGGAGGCCUACCACAUCAAUUACUCGACACCUUUGGGGUCGCGCUCUUUGACGUACACGUUGGCUGAAGCGCGACGCGCAGACUCCAGAGAGGCACUGGUCCUUGCAAUUGCUUCCAAUUGGUCGGCCACGAAAGCGCCGGCCAAAUUCUCAUGGGGUGUUGGCAUUGGCGUAACUUUGGCACGCUACUUGAGGACGGUUCACUGGCUCUCCCGCGAUGUUUUCGUGGUCUUCCUGGAUGCUGGCCUCGCCUAUGGGGCAUCCGCCCGGGCUUGGCUCCGUGCCUACCUGGGCGGCAUCUCGGAGCUCCGCCGCGGGGUGCUCCGCCAGGCUGUGGUCCUGCAGAUCAAGAACGGUGUCUCCUCUUUGCUGCUCGAUGUCGAAGGCAUUAAUGGGAUGGUCCCCAAUCAGGACUUGGUGAACAGCUACACCGUUUCCGCUCGUGCCACCGGGGUGUCCGGUCAGACGAGCUUGCAGAUUCAUCAUCGCGACGCCUGGGAUUCAGUACUUCACCACGCCAGGAAUGGAGGGGUGCACAGCAGUCAUGCACCUUUCCUUGAGCUUCAGGUUCCAGCCUUUAGUAUUCGUGGCGUGAACAAGAAGGGCGACCGAGGAGCCGUGAAUUUAGCCAGCCUCACGGUGUCCAUCGAGGGAUUGGUGAGGUGUAUGAGCAAUGCUUUGCAGCAGCUUCAUCACUCCUUCAACUUCUACUUCUUUACUGGCCCAUCCAGCCAUAUCUCGAACGGGUUCUACCUGUAUCCGGUCUUCGCGAUGCAGUUGCUUCUCAUCAGCUUCUUAGGGACGGCCGAUGCCUAUCGGGACAUCCGCUCGUUGCUGGUGGGUCUUGGAGCGGUCUUUGCCAUUAGCGCUGCUUCUGGCAGCACCAUGCUUCUGUUGGCCCUCAAGGACGACUUUGUGGCAAGCAGGCCGGGAUGGCCAGAACGCCUGGUUUGUGCCCGGCCUGGUUCGCAGGCAUUGGGUCGUCGAGAAAUAGCACAGACCUGGCUUGCAGCAGGCUUCGCCGUGGCGGCGGCUGCAGCUGUGGCACUCAGGCGCUACGCCUUUGCGGUCUACUCAGAGGAAGGUGCCAAACUGCACGGAGUUCAGCUGCCUUGUCCGCUGUGGGAAGCAGUUCGCGUGGCCAGUGGUUUUGCGCCCCUUGGCCGUGGCAUGUCGUUUCUGAAAACAUGUUUUUUCACAGGUGUCACAGCGAACAAACCGAGAUGUAGAAUCUAGACCCAUGUAUUUCAACUACUACUACGUUCAUGGUUCGCUUGAUAUGUUGUUCGGUCCUUACGGUAGCAAUUCAGGUUCUCAUGCUGCUUAGUAGCCUCCCUUGAUUUACAGUGGGAUUCAAUCUCCACAGUCGCACUGACUCACAGGUUUCAUGAAUGUCAACGUGCGUUCAAAUGAAUUGGACAUGUCCACUAGCAUUGAACGUGCAACAUAGUGAACUGUCCAUUGAUGUGGAUAAGUAUAAGAAGAUAUG